AUGGUGAGUCCCGGCCGCCGCUGGCACCGCUUUCGCUUUCGCUUUUGCUCGGAGCCACGGGAGCCGCCGGGCUCGGGAUCCCCCGGUGCCGGUGCCUGUCCCGGUGCCGGUGCCGGGCCGCCCCCCGGGCUCUCCCUGCCCAAGGGAGGGACGCGGUCCCCGGGGCGGUGGGAGGUGGCCCGCGCGGGACUUCCCGUGUCCCUGAGUGUCCCCGCGUGUCCCUGCGUGUCCCGGCCCUGCGUGUUCCCCGCCGUGCCCCGCGGUCCCGGUGUCCCCGCGGGGCUGGAGCGGUGCCAGCGCGAGGCCGAGGAGGUGGCGGAGCUGAUGCGACAGAACGUGGCGAAGGCGCUGGAGCGGGAGGGACACCUGGAGCAGCUGCAGAGCCGGGCCCAGGACCUGCGACAGGCGAGCGAGGCCUUCACCCGCACCACGCGCUCGGUGACGCGGCGCCAGCGCAGGCGAUACCAGCGGUGGCACCUGGUGGCCCUCGGCCUCGGCCUCCUCCUCCUCUUCAUCCUGGGGCUGGCACUGGCGCUGGCCCUGGCACGGUCGUCCCCCGGGACUGUCACCAGCACUGUCCCCACCCCGCAGGGGGGGACCAAGCACCCGCCCAGCACUGCGGGGACCCCGUGAGGACAGAGCCCCCGGGACCACGAGGAACAGAGAAAUGGCAAAUGAACACCAGGGCUUUUGGGGACACCUGCAAUGACAAUGGCCAGUAUUGUCACCCUGCAACCACACUGACAAACCAGUGGGACAUCCUCCAGGAAAUCCCACAGCCAAUAAACUGCGAAAUCUGCUCUGAAGAGACCCUACAGCAAAAACCCAGCCAGCCCCACUCGAGGGAAACACCACAGCAAGCAGCAGGAGCUCUCUGGGGAGACCAGCAAUCCCAAACCAGCAGGGUGGACUUUGGGGGACCCCACAGCAAACAGGGUCUGGUUUGGGAUGACCCUGCAAGAGCUAAGAAUCCAGAAUCUGACAUGGAGACACCCCACAGUAACAAACCAGCAGGAUGGACUUUGGGGAGACCCUGCAACAAAUAAACUCCAGGAUCUGUUUGGGGAUGACCCUACAACAAACACCAGGAUCUGUUUUGGAGAGACCCUGCAAUAAAUAAACUCCAGGAUCUGCUUUGGGGAUGACCCUGCAAUAAAUAAACACCAGGAUCUGUUUUAGGAUGACUCUGCAAUAAAUAAACUCCAGGAUCUGUUUGGGGAUGACCCUGCAAUAAAUAAACUCCAGGAUCAGUUUUGGGAUGACCCUGCAAUAAAUAAACUCCAGGAUCUGUUUUGGAGAGACCCUGCAAUAAAUAAACUCCAGGAUCUGUUUGGGGAUGACCCUGCAAUAAACACCAGGAUCAGUUUUGGGAUGACACUACAAUAAAUAAACUCCAGGAUCAGUUUUGGGAUGACACUACAAUAAAUAAACUCCAGGAUCUGUUUUGGGAUGACCCUGCAAUAAAUAAACACCAGGAUCUGUUUUGGAGAGACCCUACAAUAAAUAAACUCCAGGAUCUGUUUGGGGAUGACCCUGCAAUAAACACCAGGAUCAGUUUUGGGCUGACCCUGCAAUAAAUAAACACCAGGAUCAGUUUUGGGAUGACCCUGCAAUAAAUAAACUCCAGGAUCA